GGUGGUGACCAAACGCGAACUUGAGUCUCUAGCUGCUCUCUGUUCCUCCGACUCACAGCCGGCCACCUCCACUCGGAAGCACCCCCCGAAACUCAGCCCAGGCCAGGUGCACAAGCCAGUCCUCUCUCCCUAGAGGCGCACCGCCUCCUCCUCGGUCCCUGAUUUUGCUUUCCUCAGUCUACGUCCCUUAAGCCAGCCCCAGCGCUCGCCAGGCAAGGUGGGCAUCAAGAUGAAAGCGGCCCGCUUCGUGAUGCGCAGCGCCGGCUCGCUGGGCGGCGCCAGCCUGGUGCCCCGCGAGGUCGAGCAUUUUUCGCGCUACAGUCCGUCCCCACUGUCCAUGAAGCAGCUCCUGGACUUUGGUUCUGAAAAUGCAUGUGAAAGAACUUCCUUUGCAUUUUUGCGACAAGAAUUGCCUGUGAGGCUAGCCAAUAUCCUGAAGGAAAUUGACAUCCUCCCUGAUCGAUUAGUCAAUACCUCUUCAGUGCAAUUAGUUAAAAGCUGGUAUAUCCAGAGCCUGAUGGAUUUGGUAGAAUUCCAUGAGAAAAGCCCAGAGGACCAGAAAGCAUUAUCAGAUUUUGUAGAUACUCUCAUCACAGUUCGAAAUAGACACCACAAUGUGGUUCCUACAAUGGCACAAGGAAUCAUAGAAUAUAAAGAUGCCUGUACAGUUGACCCAGUCACCAAUCAAAAUCUUCAGUAUUUCUUGGAUCGAUUUUAUAUGAACCGUAUUUCUACCCGGAUGCUGAUGAACCAGCACAUUCUUAUAUUUAGUGACUCACAGACAGGAAACCCAAGUCACAUUGGAAGCAUUGAUCCAAACUGUGACGUGGCAGCUGUGGUCCAAGAUGCCUUUGAAUGUUCAAAGAUGCUUUGUGACCAGUAUUACUUAACAUCACCAGAAUUAAAACUCACACAAGUGAAUGGGAAAUUUCCAGGCCAGCCAAUUCACAUUGUGUAUGUACCUUCUCACCUUCAUCAUAUGCUCUUUGAACUAUUCAAGAAUGCAAUGAGAGCAACAGUUGAACACCAGGAAAAUUGGCCUUCCCUUACACCAAUUGAAGUGAUUGUUGUCUUGGGAAAAGAAGACCUUACAAUUAAGAUUUCAGACAGAGGAGGUGGUGUUCCCCUGAGGAUCAUCGACCGCCUCUUUAGUUACACAUACUCCACUGCGCCAACGCCUGUGAUGGAUAAUUCCCGGAAUGCUCCUUUGGCUGGUUUUGGUUACGGCUUGCCAAUUUCUCGUCUCUAUGCCAAGUACUUUCAAGGAGAUCUGAAUCUCUACUCUUUGUCGGGAUAUGGAACAGAUGCCAUCAUCUACUUAAAGGCCUUAUCUUCAGAGUCUGUAGAAAAACUCCCCGUCUUUAACAAAUCAGCCUUCAAACAUUAUCAGAUGAGCAUUGAGGCUGAUGACUGGUGUAUCCCAAGCAAGGAACCAAGGAACUUGGCAAAGGAGAAAAUGGCUCUGUGAAAAGGGACACUCAGGACACUCUAAGGGAUCAAAGUGGGCCUAUGCCAGUGCUGCUUCUUGAGUGUUUGUGUGUGAACUCCUGUUUCCUCAAAAACAAACAAAAGCAACCCCUUGAUCACAACAGUGGUGCAAAGAGGAACGACACCCGUUUCCGUGACCCAGGAGAGUGUAACGUAGGCAUUAACAGAUGGCCAGUCUCUAUUCUUUUAAUGUAGCCUAACGUAUGAGCUUAUAUCAAAUCCUGAAGCAGAAGAAAGCCUCAAGUGUCCAUGUCUUUAUCAACAAGAAUGGGAGUAGAGUAAAGUGAAGAUAUAAGCUAACAGUUUCAAUAGACUGAUAUUUAGGCCUCUGGUUGAUGGCAAAAGACACUGGUAUUUAUUGCACACUGAAUGUCAAUAUGCCAGUAUUCCCCUGCCAUCAAAGGGCUGGGGCGUAGUUUAGGCUAUGAGAUUAGACGUGUGCGUAAAUGUACAUCUCACACAUUUCUAUGCGCUGCAGUGGGGGUAAGCUGGUGACUAAAUAACAUUUACUUUGAACGUUAUUUGAAUGAGGAAGAAAGAAUCAAAACAUUUCAUUCAAAGUUGCAGCCAAGGCAUUGGGCCCGUGUAAAAAUCUCAGAAGAAAACCUCUUCUGAUAAAUACAGUGUCUUCAUUAUGCUGCUUUCCUGUUCACACUUCAUGUAAUAAGUGAACAACACAAUAUUGCCAGGUGCCUGCCUAGUCUUGAGUGAGUUUUAAAAUAUGCACUGAAUUCAGGAUGUCGGCAAUUAGCAGGGGAGGAGAAUUGCCAAAGUGAUAACAACGAUAUCUCUCACCUUGCUUUAUUUUUAAAUGAAAUGGUAGGUUGGAAAAGCCAAUGUUAGGGAAAGAAAUCAUGCAUUCAGAACCUAACUCGGUAGCAGGGGCUGUUCUCUACCCUGUAGUGGUGGUAAUCCAAUGAUGGUAUCCAUUUUCUAGGCUUAACAAGAUAUAUUUUUGUUAUAUUUAAUUAUAUCCUCUACACUCCUGCAUUACUAUGUCUAUAAAAACAAUUUCUAAUUUUCAAAUGGCUUGAGAACAUUAGAAUUUAAAUACUUUUUGGGAUAUUUUUAACAAAUAGCCUGGGAGUAAGAGGUUUUCAUGCCAGGAUGCUUUCAUUUGAAUCAUUGAGAGAGGGCUGAUAAAUGAAAGUUGUAAUGCAUAUGGAAAUUUGUGGAGCUCAAAUACAAUAUGUAGGUUGACAGGCCAGUCUACUAUAUAACUCCCACAAAAAGAAUGGAAAAAUGAAGGAAGGAAGGAAGGAAAGAAGGAAGGCAGGAAGGAAGGAAGGAAGAAGGAGGGAAGGAGAAAAGAAAGGGAGGAAGGAAGGAAACAGAAGGCAGGCAUCUUGCUUUUUUCCCUACAAAUUCUUUCAAGAAAUUAUCUAUAUUUUCAUAGAUAAAUUACUGGCAAGAGGAUGAAUGGAUGUCUUUCAAAACACAAUGGCUUCUUUAAAUGGUUCUCUCACUCUUGUGAGAUAAUAGGCUUUAAUGAGGUAAUAAACUCACCUGUUCAAAUUGAUGUAUAAACUGGGAUUUAGAGAAAAAUAUAGAAUCUUCUGCAUUGUUAAAUAAUCGGUACUGUUUGUAUAUGUUGAAUUUAACAUUUUUGUGUAAUUUUCUUGUGGCCUAGAGUUGUGGUGUUUCUUGUAGUGGCCAAAAGGGCCUCAGACAAUUUGUUGUGGAUGUCAGACUUAUCAUGAGAAGUCCUGCGUAGCAACUUUUCUUGAUGGUGGGACUCUGGCUCAUGCAUUUAUCGAUUACACAAAACUAUUUACAGUAGGUUAUUUGACUUUUCAGUUUUUACUUACUGAAAUUUAAACGUUGCAUAUAAAUACUUGUAUUUACCAAAGAUUUAAAGCAGUUGACUAAUUAACCCAAACACUGUGAACUAUCUUUAAAAUACUAGAGAAAAAAAUGUUAAUAUCUCAAUAACAUCAACUGGGUAAAUGGAGUUCUAUGAAAUAGAAACAGUCUACAUUGGUAUUUGUAAAAUCUGCGGAAGAACUUUAGGAUUCUAGCAGUUGGAUACUGAAUGUUCAGGCCCACUUAAGUUAUUGAUGUAUAAAUUGUGUUUUUGUUUCUAUGUACAAUGAGAUGUAACCAUUUUUAUAAUAAAUAUUUUUAUUAUAAUAGUAAA